AUGAAGGUCAAGAUUACCCGCUGGAACACCGUCGCGACGUGGCGGUGGGAUAUCCCCGAGGACGACGUCUGCGGCAUCUGCCAAGUCCACUUUGACGGGACAUGCCCAACAUGCAAAUACCCUGGCGAUGACUGCAGCCUUUUGUCUGGCAAGUGCGGCCACAACUUCCACAUGCACUGCAUCAUGGAGUGGAUCAAGCAAGAUUCAGCCAAGGGCCAAUGCCCCAUGUGUCGUCAGAAAUUCGAGUGGGAGAACCAGGUCCCCGAGGUUGGAGUCGAGCGAUAG